UUCGUGUCCUCAUGCGGAAGCGCAGCAAGAGUGCCUAUCUGGCUGCUCUUGAGAAGUUGAAGACUCUUGUGCCCAGAUUCAAACCAGAGAAAAUAAUGACUGAUUAUGAAGGAGCAGAGCAAAAUGCUUUAGCGGAGGCCUUCCCUAAUGCUGAGGUACACGGUUGCCUGUUCCAUUAUUCAAAGGCUAUAGGAACCAAUGCCCGAAAGCUUGGCAUGUACAAGGUCAUGAAGAAGUCCCCUCAUGUACGUUCCUUAGUACGAUGGUUGUCUUGUCUGCUUCUGCUACCUAUGGACUACAUUAGGAAAGGUUUUCGGAUAAUUACCAGACGGGCUAUCAAGAAGCGAGUUUCCCACCAUUUAGUAGGCCUUCAAGGCUACUGGAUGAGGACCUGGCAUCCGAAGCUCCAUCUGCUCUCUGUCAGUGGAUGUGCGGAUAGAACCUCAAAUGCCAGUGAAUCUGACAACCGAGCACUGCAAGAUUCUGUACCUGUCAAACGACCCAAUGUCUGGGAUUUCAUUGAUGGUGUUAUUGAAAUGGAGGAUAGCACCUAUCUCACUAUCAAAGUGUUGGAUAGGCCAGGGAAUGUGACACGUUCACGGCCUCUGUCAGCUGUCUCUAAUGACAGAACCAUCAAAGCACUUACUGAGGAGCUUCAAGGAGGUUUCAUCUCUGUCAGAAGAUUUCUCAAAGUUGCUUCCUACACUACUCUUAAAAGUUUGAAUAGGGGCUUAAAUGGCAAGAAGAGAAGGCGUAAUAUCUAAUUGCAUGUGUAUAAAUUACAGUGCUUCAUUAGAUUUGGAUUGCAAAUA